AUGACUGAGGAAACUGGAGAAACAUUUUUGAGCAACCUACUACCAAUACUUUCUCAAAACAGAAUCUGUGCUGCCUUCGCUGAAAAAAUUCCCAUAAAAACCUUUUUUGGUGACUUCUUAAAUUUGCAAGAAAAGUGGAACAAAAUAUUUUCAGAUGUUAUAAAAAGUAAAGCCAACACUAUUGUUGUCUAUGGAGAAGCUAACACCAUGAUAACAUUGAGAGGACUGCUGCAUGAAGGAGAAUCUGAGUAUGGGAAAUCACUUGGUAAAGUGUGGAUUAUGGUAGCCCAGAUGGACCUUGUAGCCAUGUCGAUGCACAAGGACUGGGAUAUAGAAGCCUUCCAUGGUGCCUUAGCCUUCACAGCCCACUCACAUGAGGUGCCAGGAUUCCAAAAUUUUCUUCAUAAAUUAAACCCUCAUUUGAUGACGGGAGAUGGCUUCAUCCAACCAUUCUGGGAGCAAGCAUUCGGCUGUUCAUUUCUAAAUUCCUAUUUAAAUGGAGAUGAUGUGGACACUUGUACUGGAGAAGAGAGGCUGCAGAAUCUUCCUGGGCCUUUCUUUGAAAUGAGCAUGACUGGCCACAGCUACAGUAUCUACAAUGCUGUACAGGCUCUGGCAAAUUCAAUACAUGCCAUGUACUCAUCCAUAUUCAAAUCUAAAGCCACGGUGGAAAGAAGGAAGCUACAACUUAAAAAUAUGCAGCCAUGGAAGCUGCAUCAUAUUCUGAGGAGCAUCUCAUUUAACAACAGUGCAGGAGAAUUCGUGCACUUGAAUAAGAAUGGAGAAUUGACAAUGGGGUUUGAUAUUACAAAUCUGAUUACUUUCCCCAAUAAGUCAUUUGUUAGAAUGAAAGUUGGAAGAAUGGAUCCUUGGGCUCAUCAUGGCAAACAGCUGAGCAUUUAUGAAGAUGCCAUUGUGUGGCCUAGAGGUUUUAACCAGCAGGAGGCAGUGGAGAAGGGGCUGGCCAUUGGAGCCAUGCCAUGCUUGGUUCCAUAUUUCACCUCCACACUUAUUGGAUUUUGGGGGGAGCCCAGCCUGGGUCCAAAAAGGGCACAGUCCCCAGGAGCUGGUACCCCUGCCACCUACAGUGGGGGAAUCUCAAAUGCAGAUUUUUGCACAAUAUGCCCAAAAGAUCAUUAUCCAAACAAAGAAAAGAAUCACUGCAUUCCAAAGAUGAUAACCUUCUUGUCUUAUAAGGACCCUUUGGGGACAAGUUUAGCCAUCUUUGCACUUUUAUUUUCCUUGAUCACUGCUCUAGUGCUAGGAGCCUUUAUAAUGCACCGCGACACUCCUAUUGUCAAAGCCAACAACCGGAGCGUCACCUACACCCUCCUCAUCUCCCUCCUGCUCUGUUUCCCUUGUGCUUUGCUGUUUAUUGGCCAUCCUGGGAAGGUGAUGUGUCUCCUCCGUCAAGUUGCAUUUGGCAUGGUCUUCUCAGUGGCUGUCUCUUCUGUGUUAGCAAAAACCAUUACAGUGGUUCUGGCUUUCAUGGCCACCAAGCCAGGAAGUAGCAUGAGGAAAUGGGUAGGGAAAAAGGUGGCCAACUCCAUUGUUCUUCUCUGCUCUCUUGUUCAAGGAAUUAUUUGUACCGUAUGGCUGGCAAUUAAUCCUCCAUUUCCAGAUAGUGACAUGAACUCAGUGACUGAGGAGAUUGUACUUGAAUGUAAUGAGGGGUCUGUGACUAUGUUCUAUUGUGUCCUGGGUUACAUGGGCUUCCUGGCUAUUGUGAGCUUCACUGUAGCUUUCCAGGCUAGAAAAUUACCUGACACUUUCAAUGAAGCCAAGCUAAUCACUUUUAGCAUGCUUGUGUUUUGCAGUGUUUGGUUAUCCUUUUUCCCCACCUAUCUGAGCACCAAAGGGAAAUACAUGGUAGCUGUGGAGAUCUUCUCCAUCUUAGCCUCCAGUGCUGGGCUGCUAGGUUGCAUCUUCUUCCCUAAAUGUUAUAUUAUUGUCCUGAGACCAGAACUGAACAAAAGAGAUCACUUAGUAAAGAGAAAUGUUCACUGA